CAGUGCUGUCUUUAUCAUGCUAUUUUAUAUAUGUAUGGCAUAUUGUAGGGUGCUGUAACCUAUCAAGAUUUGCAUAUCAACUUCACUCAGGAAGAGUGGGCUUUGCUGGAUCCUUCGCAGAAGAACCUCUACAAAGAUGUGAUGCUAGAGACCUAUAUGAACCUCCAUGUGAUAGGCUACAAAUGGGAAGAUGAUAAUAUCGAAGAACAUUGUCAAAGUCCUCAAAGACAUGGAAGGCAUGAAAGAACUCCUACCAGAGAGAAAUCUUCUACACACAUUCAGUGUCAUAAAUUCUCUGUAUAUGACAAUCAGCUUCCAAGUCAUGAAAGAACACUGACUGGAAAGAAACUCCAUGAAUGUAACCAAUGUGGUAAAGCCUUUAAUUGGCACAGUGUUCUUCAAAUACAUAGAAGAACACAUACUGGAGAGAAGCCCUAUGAAUGUACUCAUUGUGGUAAAGCCUUCGCUUGGCGCAAGGAUCUUCAAGAGCAUGAAAGAACACAUACGGGAGAAAAGCCCUAUGAAUGUACUCAGUGUGGUAAAGCCUUUACUCGGAGAAGGCAGCUGCAACUGCAUAGAAGAACACAUACUGGAGAGAAACCCUAUCAAUGUAAUCAGUGUGGCAAAGCCUUUGCUCGGCACAGUUAUCUUCAAAUGCAUAACAGAUCACAUACUGGAAUGAAAUCCUAUGAAUGUGAUCAGUGUGGUAAACACUUCACAUGUCAAAGUUCUGUUCAAAUACAUAAAAGAACACAUACUGGAGAGAAGCCCUAUGAAUGUCAUCAGUGUGGUAAAGCCUUCGCUUGGCACAGUACUCUUAAAGUACAUAAAAGAACACAUACUGGAGAGAAACCCUAUGAAUGUCAUCAGUGUGGCAAAGCCUUUGCUUGGCACAGUUAUCUUCAAAUGCAUAACAGAUCACAUACUGGAAUGAAAUCCUAUGAAUGUGAUCAGUGUGGUAAACACUUCACACGUCAAAGUUCUGUUCAAAUACAUAAAAGAACACAUACUGGAGAGAAACCCUAUGAAUGUAAUCAGUGCGGUAAAGCCUUUGCUGAGCACCGUUCUCUUCAAGUGCAUAAAAGAACACAUACUGGAGUGAAAUCCUAUGAAUGUAAUCAGUGUGGUAAAGCCUUUGCUCAGGACAGUCAUCUUCAAAGACAUAGAAGAACACAUACUGGGGAGAAGCCCUAUGAAUGUACUCAGUGCGGUAAAUCCUUCACAUCUCAAAAUACUCUUCAAACACAUAGAAGAACACAUACUGGGGAGAAGCCCUAUGAAUGUUCUCAGUGUGGUAAAGCAUUUGCUCAGCACAGUAAUCUUCAAGUACAUAGAAGAACACAUACUGGAGAGAAACCUUAUGAAUGUAAUCAGUGCGGUAAAGCCUUUGCUCGGGACAGUCAUCUUCAAAGACAUAGAAGAACACAUACUGGAGAGAAACCCUAUGAAUGUAAUCAGUGCGGUAAAGCCUUUGCUGAGCACCGUUCUCUUCAAGUACAUAGAAGAACACAUACUGGAGAGAAACCCUAUGAAUGUAAUCAGUGUGGUAGAGCCUUUGCUCAGGACAAUCAUCUUCAAAGACAUAGAAGAACACAUACUUGGUAGAAACCCUAUGAAUGUAAUCAGUGUGGCAAAGCCUUCACACAUCACUGUAAUUUUAAAACGCAUACAAGAACACAUCAGUAGUGAGAAACCAUAUCAACCUUUUUGGUGUGGUAAAGUCUUUGCUCAGCAGAAAAGAAAUACAGAAAAGAAAUCAAACUGGAGAAAAGCCCUAUUGAUGGCAGAAUUCUGUUUUUUUUUUAAUGAAAUCACAGAGUCAGCUCUCAGGCUAAAUUCUGAUAGAUCUGUAAAGCAGUAUAACCAAUCUCUUGUUCUUACUUCGACAAAAUCCUCAGAACAAAUGAACUAGAGACAGUGCAAGAAACACCUCUUCUCUGAAACAAGAGAGAAAGGGUUAAAAAGGGACAGUGAAAGAAACAGAUUGUGUGGCCUAAACCACUGCCAAAGAAACACUCUAUCCUUGGCCAACUGAGUAUUAAACCUAGAAAUCCCUGAACUCAAAACCACCCAGUCUCUGAGCACAAAAACCAGGCAUUGUCUGAACAUGUUCCAGCUUAAGGAUUGAAAUAUAACCAAUCCCAACUGGAAAUCUCCCUGGAAAAACUGUCCCUAAAAAGCCCUCUAUUAGGUCAAUAGUUUUUCAGUUGGCAGUUGUCACAUCAAGUCCAGUAGACUCUGUGUUACAAGUUCCAAAGACUGAGGUUGUAACUCCAAAAAAAGGACGUCUCCUGAAACUGGUUGUGAAACUCUCAGGUGGAGUAAAAUAUUCGGCCGUGGUUCA